AGCUUGCAUCAGGCACAAGCGCGAAUCGCAGAUCACGAUCUCAGGUUUCAAUAUAUGGGCCCCAAACUGGGGGUGGGUGCGCAGAUAGGGGGAGGAGGAAAUGGGAUUUUGGGAUAUUUCUUUGUCCUCCUCGUAUUAGUACCCCGACAUGGAUUGGAGGGUCACAUGGUACCUCAAUGGGUUAAUAGAGAAGGACGCUUUUGUUUUAUGCCGAAAAAUCGAGGGAAAAGUGCAAUUGUAAUAGUGAAUUGGGGAACAUCAACUGGAGCCGCAUCGUUCCCGAGCAGGAGGACGCAUAAAAGUUGAAAAGAGCUGAGAAGUCGGAGGCCAAAGAGGAACCAUGAGCUGGAGCUUUCUCACGCGCCUCCUGGAGGAGAUCUCCAACCACUCCACCUUCGUGGGGAAGAUCUGGCUGACGCUGCUCAUCGUCUUCCGCAUCGUGCUGACGGUGGUGGGCGGGGAGUCCAUCUACUACGACGAGCAGAGCAAGUUCGUCUGCAACACGCAGCAGCCCGGGUGCGAGAACGUGUGCUACGACGCCUUCGCGCCGCUCUCGCACGUCCGCUUCUGGGUCUUCCAGAUCAUCAUGAUCACCACGCCCACCAUCAUGUACCUGGGCUUCGCCAUGCACAAGAUCGCCCGCAUGGAGGACGACGACUACCGGCCCAAGGCCCGGAAGGGCCGGAUGCCCAUCGUCAACCGCGGCGCCAACCGCGACUACGAGGAGGCGGAGGACAACGGCGAGGAGGACCCCAUGAUCGUGGAGGAGAUCGAGCCCGAGAAGGAGAAGAAGGCGGAGAAGCCGUCGGCCAAGCACGACGGGCGCCGGCGCAUCAAGAAGGACGGCCUGAUGAAGAUCUACGUGGUGCAGCUCUUCUCCCGUGUGGCCUUCGAGGUGGCCUUCCUCUUCGGCCAGUACGUCAUGUACGGCUUCGAGGUGGCGCCGUCGUACGUGUGCACGCGCAUGCCCUGCCCGCACACGGUGGACUGCUUCGUCUCGCGGCCCACGGAGAAGACCAUCUUCCUCAUCAUCAUGUACGUGGUGAGCGUGCUGUGCCUGGCGCUGACGGUGCUGGAGAUCCUGCACCUGGGCGUGAGCGGCAUCCGCGACUCCUUCCGCAGCCGCUCGGCGCGGCACCGCGCCCUGGCCGCCGCCCGGCCCUCGCUGUGCCGCCAGGCGCCCACGGCGCCGCCCGGCUACCACACGGCGCUGAAGAAGGGCCCGGGCGGGGGCAAGCCGUCCAAGCCCGAGUUCCGGGACAACCUGGCCGACUCGGGCCGGGAGUCCUUCAUGGACGAGGCGUCGGGCCGCGACCUGGACCGCCUGCGGAGGCACCUGAAGAUGGCGCAGCAGCACCUGGACCUGGCCUACCAGGCCGAGGAGGCGAACCCGUCCCGCAGCAGCAGCCCGGAGUCCAACGGCACCGCCGCCGAGCAGAACCGCCUCAACUUCGCCCAGGAGAAGCAGGGAGGGACGUGCGACAAAGGGAUCCGAGCCUGAAUCUCCUUCUCCCACCCGAGCUUCCAGUCCGCUCUCCCCCCCUGACCAAAACGGCGCUCCGAGGAAGAGGAGGUGCAUCUGGGAAGAGCCGGCGGACUUCUGAGAGACUGAAGAGCGUGUGCGCGUGUGUGUGUGUGUGUGUGUGUGCGCGCGCGAGCGAGCGAGAGACUGGGGUGUGAACACGCUGGUGAAGGGUAAAGCAGUGCCUCGCAGUAUUAAUGCCAGUGAACAGUGGGGGGGUGGGGGAUGUGUAACAGUGCACAGAAGGUCAAAGGGCAUUUCCGCAGCGCCACACGUACUCCUGGUGGCCUUGCGUGUGCAGCACGUCCGCAGUAUUCAGACCAGCCGUUACCUGGAUACCUGGAGCAGCGGCCACCGAGGCCACGCCCCCUUCCUUACCCCAUGGACGACGGCGCUGCCGCUUUUGGUGGUAAAAUAGGAACAACAGGACGAGCGCUUCCAGUUUCGCCCACCUGGAAUUUCUGUACGAUGGGGAGGGAGAGGGUGUGUGUGUUUGUUUGUGUGUGUGGGUGGGGAGGGUGUGUGUGCGUACACGUGUGUGUGUUUGUGUGUUUUGGGGGGGUGGAGGUGGUUUGCAUCUCAGUUAACCUAUUCUGGUGUUUACAUUUCAGUCAUUCCAAAAAGAAAAGACUCUGUUUUCAUCUGAAACCUGUAUUUUUUUUUUUUUUCUUAUAAGGGUCUUAUUUUGGAUAAGUAGUGAACCACAAUAAGAGCACCUGUGUUUACCUGUGAAAACUGGCACUCUUCAGAGACUCUCUUAGCCAGAAGCAGAACUCUGCUCUUUACACGGUCUUCUGACAGGGGUAAUUAGUUAAAUUAGCGUUAAGGCAGCCGCGGUCUUUAGCCGAGUUAGCACAGCAACGUACUGCACAGUUAGUUUUUGAAAAGAGUUGGCCGCAAUGACACUAGGCAUUUCUUUACCUGUAGUUCUCAAGAUUACAGACUGUGUUUCUUGUAUGCUGAAGCCUUAUGUGCCACUGUCCAAAUUAGCCAAAAGUAAAAAGAAACCUGGAAAAAGCUUGAAACCUUUGAGUAUAAAUGUUAUUCCAAACUGUUAACGUUAUUUUUUCUUUAGUGUUUGUUUUAUAUUUGAAGAUUAAAAAUAAUCAACUGCAUAUUUUGAUAACUCUUGAAAUGUAAAGAAAAAAAAAACCUCGGAUGAGGUUAUUUUUCCAACUGCUCUCAACGAAGUGGAAUUUCUAAUCAUUUACUUUUUUUAAAAGACAUUUUUGUAUAAUAUUUGUUGUUGUAGCGCAGGAGACGUGAAUGGCGAGCUUCGUUGCAUUUCCGACGGUACCCAGUCGAUUAUCUUGCUCGGCCGAACGUGUGAAUUGAUAAGCAGUUAUGUUCAUUCUCAUAGGUCUGUUUGUCGUACGAGGACUUUGCACACAAUAAAUCACUUUGAGUACUGGAGUGAUUAUGGAUUUCCUUUUAUUAAAACCCGUUGGCAGUAACUGCUGUUUGUUUGCAUUAACUGUAGGUCUACGCCACCACUAUAAAAGUAGUGACCGUUUUAUGUGCAUUGCUUUGCUAUGCAAUUUGACCAUCUAGAUGUGCGUUUAAGACCUAGUGGGUCAAUGCAGUAGCUCGUUUGACGCACAGAAUCGUGUUUUGAACACUGCAUAUUAAAGCAAGUAAACGUCACGGCAGUCAAGCAUUUGUACUGUUUAGCCUGAAGCAAUGGACAGGCCUCUUGUAUGCAAUCUAACCACUCCAUCUUUCAUCAUAAACCGACAUUCUCAAAUGUAAACUUUUUUUGUGUACCACACCAAGAUUUUCUGUAAAAUAUUUUUGUUAUCUUUGAUUCGUAUACUUUUUAAAUAGUAUUUUCUGCAAAAAAAAAUUUCGUAGGAAACUGAAUAAAGAAUUACUUUUUGAACUGGA